UCAUAAUACUCACUUCAUAGAAGAGACCGAAGUGGUUAUUCCUGGUCCUACCGAGUGAAUUUGUUGUAUCCUACCGCGAUGGACAUGUUGUGGAAUGGAAAAAAAAUAUGGGUAAGUAGUAGUCAAUCCCUUCACGGGCCUAGAUGGGGAUAUCUCAAGCCAAUGCGCAAAUCAUUCUGCAUGUUGCCAAGCUUGACGAGCUCCAGUCAGAAAUGGGAACAAACAACUCGAUUUAUAACAGCAUGUAAGAUUGACUCAUGAAUUGAGUAAAAUAUACUGUCGCUUGACCUAG